AUCCUUCGACAUCGCGACUCGUGCGCGAAUCAUUUCGCCAGAAGUAAGGCGCGGUCCUAUUCCCAGGGCUCCACUCGGACCAGGCUGUCCGCUGAUACUACGUCGCGUAACACGAGGCGCUCCCGCAUGAACGCUGUUGCUGGCGCCGCGCAACUAGCUGAGCUGAGAGGCCCCUGAUACGCAGCAAAGUGUGGAGAGGGCAUCGCAUCGGACCGAGUGGACUGCCGUCGCAGUCCUUCGCCGUAGGGGCUAUUUAUCACCCUCUACUCGAGCUCCCUCGCAUUUGCUAGCUGGCCAAAUGUGCUAGACUUGACUGCCGCUGAACACGCCCGGCCUCCUCGCGCUCACAGGUGAUCAGUCUGCUCGUUCGAGGUCACAGUUACAUAAGCAAUGUACUGUAGUGCCAAUCUGGAGUAUCAGCGGACAGUGCUGAUACUAGGCGUCACUGUCAGCUAAGUGCGCCCCAACAACCGUACGGCAAGUCUCAUGCUCGCCAAGUCACGCACACGCACACCAACCCUAGCCUACACACACACGUCAACCCUUGACCUGCACUGACCCGUACGCCCUGUGACGGCGAUAUGCACUGCCGGCAGAUGGGCUUGACAGAUCGGUGUUUGUGUCAUAGCCUUGGGCAAACCUAACUGAGCAUUUACGUGGUUUCGAGUCCAACUCGGACACCUGCAAUUCAUCUGUGAUCUGUCAGCUGAGAGCACGCACAUGACGGACGCGGGUCUGCUGCACGUGGCGUACGGCUGCCCCGCCCUGCACAGCCUGCACUUCAGCGCCACGGGCUUCACCGAUUGGGGCGUGCGCCGACCGGUGGCGCUGGCAGGGCCUCUGCCCGGUGUUCGCGUCGUGGUCGCAGCAGCAGGGGCCGUCAGGGGCAGAAGGCUGGAGGGGCGGCGUUAAGGCGGCGGGCGCUGUGGGUGCCGAGGCACGGGCGGCUUGCAACCAGAUGGCAGCGCGCUGUUGGUUGGGACAGGUUGGGACGUUGGGUUGCACUUGGGGGGGGGGGCUUGGGGGGGGGGCUUGGGGGGGGGGCUGGGUGACAACUUUGUUGCGGGAACAGGCAUGAGAAAGGGGGGCUAUUGGUUGUAGGCGCCUGGCAGACGGUAUCUGGGGAGCAGCGGGUGCGCCCAAGGGCGCGUUGUGACGCGUUGACCACUCGGCCAGGCUGGGCACGCUAUGGUCAACUCGGCAUGGGGCCGUUCGACAGAGGGCCAAGCAGUUCGGAUUUCC